AUGUCUUCUCUUAGAGGCUACCAGCACUGGGCCACACUUGGCCUGAUAAAUGACGCCCCGGGCCAACAGAAAGUCCUCAACAUACUGCGCAACAUCCGCACUAACUUUCCAAAUCAACUCAACCUGCAAUCAGCACCAAGCUGCGAUCGACUCAAGAGAGCCAUUUCAAGGAGUAUCUGGGACAUUCCUGGCAAAGUUUUCUCUCUUCAUCGGGAGGAUGCUGUUGGUGCACUAUAUGAACUAUUCAAACUUUGCUGCAUUGACUGGUCCGAUACGGGAUCUGCGAAUACAGAAGAAGGAAGUGGCGGAAGCCAGGAGGAUGAAGUUAACCAUGAAAAUGACAGUUUCUUUAUAGGAGGCAAGCUUGAGAAUCGUGAGACUCCCUUUGAGAGACUUCCUAAUGGCUCCGGCUAUGUCUUAGCUACUGUCACCGGCCGUCUUGAUACUCACGCUAUUGAUUUAGUUGAAGAGUACGAUAGGCAGAGACAAGUAUCUGGGUAUACGCAUGCUGACUGUAAUAGUGGCCAUCAAUGUAUCCCCAUGAAUACGGAGCCAGUUGAACAUAGUCAUGAAACAGCACAAAAUGAAACUACAUCUGUACAGCAAAGGCGCAAAAAGUACGACUGGGACUGGUUCCACUACCAACACACAAAUGUGAUAUUCAACGCCUUCGUGGAUAUCACCUGGGCCCGGUACCCUCGUUGUCGAGAAACUAUAAGGCUGUCGGACAUGAUGGGGACAUCUACAAACACUCACCGCACAAUAGCCCCAUUUGCCCGUGCCAGACACCAAGACAGAAGUCCAGACGGUGAUUGGAUUCGACUUGAUUCCAUUACUCUUUCCAGACUUUGCAAACAACUACAGGUUAUCCGAUCAUUUGAUCAAGAACAAGACGCCAUUUGGUGGAGCUCGAACCCCUUGAACACGACGAGCCUUGACUCAACGGAGGGUCAGGCCCGGAUAGAUAACCAGCGUGACCUUACGUGGGCAAUAUAUCGGAGCUUUGAUGCCCCUUGGCAAGAGUGGCGGGGUCGGAGGCUUGAGGCAGUGCUGCCCUCGCAGGGCAAUUACCCUCGUUUCUCAAUAAUUAUCCGAGAUGUUGAUGACCUGGUUGAUACUUCUGAAUCUAUAGACACAAGAUCACCCACAUCCAGUGUUUGUGCGUUAUUUGAAGGGCUUGGUGGAUCUCGGGAGAGCGUCUGUGGGGAUGACCUUGCAGAUAUACUGUCUGCGAUCAUUAAUGAACCGCUUCGGCCAAACGGCUGGGCUUCGGGCCCAUUCUAG